UCAGUUGCCGUACCAAUGCGCAGGCUCCGUGGAGCAGGAGAGGACGGCUGCUGCUUAAUGCUCAGAAAACAACACUCUGAGCCUUGACUGGCUUAGACAAGACGCCGUGGACUAGAUCAGCGGCCAUCACGAGACGGAGCUUGUGCGUGUGUGACGGGAAUGAUUGUGUCUGCUGUCGUUUCAUCCUGACCGGGUUUUGCUGAUGGUGGUUUCUCUCUGAUUAUAUUGGAAUAGGAGGGGCUGUUUCUACCCAGAUACACACGGAGAGAUUCUUCUGCAGGGACCGUUGCAGCGACCGCCUCCACGUGACUGUGCGAUCAAGAGGGCAUCAGGAUGGAGGCCCCUCUGGUGUGCCUGGAUGAGGAAUUCGAGGAUCUGCGGCCCUGCAAGAUGGAGGAGCUUGAAUCUGAGCCGGACUGCCGGCCUCACAAAACCAUUCCUCUGGCCCCGUUGUGCCGUGAAGAGUUCUCAGAGCUGGAGAACUUCUCAGAGAUGAUGAGCUUCAAGUCCAUGGAGGACCUCGUCAAUGAAUUUGAUGAAAAGCUAAACGUGUGCUUCCACAAUUACAACACCAAGACAGAAGGUCUGGCACCUGUUCGCAACCAAACGCACGCCGAGGAGGAUGAAGAAAGGCUUCAAGAUGAAGAUGUGUGGGAUGCUCUGACUGACAACUACAUCCCCUCCUCUGUGUCCAGCUGGGACGACCCCACCUCAGAAACACUGAACGGCAACCUCUCAGAUCAGGAGAUACAUGAAAAAGAAGAGGAUGAGAUGAAUGAGAAGAAUGAGAAUGCCAACUGUCUGAGUGAAGAACCUCUUAUUACAGCUGAUCAGGUGAUUGAGGAGAUAGUGGAGAUGAUGGAAAACUCACCAGACCCUGGAGAGACAGAGGAAGAGGAGGAGGAUGAUAUUGCAGUGUCUUCCCCUAAAAGCAGUCCUUCUCUACUGGAGGAGAUCCGCAUGCUGUCUCAGGCUUCCAACAACAACUGCUCCUAUGAAGGUCUGAGGCUGAUGCCAAGCUCGGCGUUGCUUGACAUCUUGUGUCGGAUGGAGGCGGCGAUACGAGAGUAUUCGGAGGAACUGGUGGCCCAGCUGGCCCGGAGGGACGAGCUAGAGUUUGAGAAGGAGGUGAAGAACACCUUCAUCACAGCUCUGAUGGAGGUUCAGAACAGACAGAAGGAGCAAAGGGAGCUGAGCAAGCGCAGGCGUAAGGACAAGGCCAUGAGUCUACAAGGAUCCACCCGCCCCGAGAAGACCGGGAGCAUGCCUGCAAAACGCUUCAGCAUGGAGGGUCUUUCCAACAUCCUGCAGACAGGCAUCAGACAGACAUUUGGGACCUCAGGGACAGAAAGACAGUACCUAAACACAGUCAUCCCAUAUGAGAAAAAAGGAACUCCUCCAUCUGUGGAUGACUUGCAAAUGCUCACAAAAAUUCUUUAUGCCAUGAAAGAAGACAGCGAGAAGGUCCCGACCCUCCUGACUGACUAUAUACUAAAAGUUCUGUGUCCUACCUAAAGUCCUGAGCGUGAUGUGCUGACCGGGUGAGACCGAGAAGAGGUCAGGGCUCGUCGUUCCUCCUCUCUCAGUUCUCCAGCCCAGCUGCAUGAGCUCCCUUAUCCAGUAUCAGCGAGGGACCCUGAACAUCUAACCAUCCUUCUCUUGCUUAUCUAAUGACCUUUGACCUUGCUCAUCUCACUGCCCUUCCUGUAUUCACAUAUCCACGAGGUUCAUACCACAGCGCCUGGUGCUUUACAUGUUUUCUACUACGUACGUUACUACGGGCCAAAAGCCAUACGGAACGUGUAAGGGUAACAGGUGAACUAUAAUCAGUUUAACUCUACGAUCAGGUAAUAUUUUUAUUUUUAUUUUUAAAAAUACGCCUAACAUAAGGCAUUUUACAUACUACUCAAUCAUUCACAUCCGUUCUGAACACGGGGGUCGAUGAGAAGGGCAUUAUUCACAGUCUUCUUCAGGCGUAGACGCAUCGAGUCGAGAGCACAUUUGAAAAUAAUCCAUCCACACUUUCUGCUUUUGCCGUUUUAGUAUUGUGGCUUAAUUUCAGCCAAAGUCGGUUGAAAAUACAGCAUGUUUUAGUGUUCUACAUUAAUGCCAAGUUAUAGGGAAAAACCUUGUGACUUUUUCUUAUUUUGGGUAACCUGAGAUUUUUUUUUUCAUCCUAUGUAUGAAUUAUUCAGUUCUACAUAAUGUGGUUCCAUUUGUCUAAUUAAAACAUGUUGUUUUUUUUUGUUUUGUUUUUUUACUUUUAACAUUAACUGUCAUUCAUGCCUUGUGCUUACAUCUUUAAUGUAUAUAUUUCUUAUUUACUAAGGGACAUGGAGGAAUGUGAAGUAUUGCUGAGUUAUAAUUCCAAUAAAUGUCGAACCCUGUGAAAGCC